AUCGCUAUCGUAACUGAGAAUUGUCUCCGACGAAGAAUUACUCUUCACUGAAAAUGGCGGAGCAGCACGAGCAGCCGGAGCCGGAGGAGAUACACAACGGCAUCGCGGUGGAUGACAAGCCACUGCCGCAUAAAGCCAAGUGGGACUACCGGGAGGAGGAUAGACCCUACGCCGUUCUCCACCGUUUACUGUCGAUCAUCUUCUUCCCUGAUCCGAAUAGCCCCGCCGCUUCAACGCCGCUUUUUCGCCGAAUCAAACUCUCUGUCUCUGAGAACAAGCACCAGCUUCGUGAAGCUUCUAAAAACACCGGCCGGAGUGUUCUCCUCUGGACUCGCAGAGGCAGCUGUCUCCGUGCUCUACUUGUUAUCUCUGUUGGGACUAUUACUCUUCUUACAUUGACGGGAUUGUUCAUAUUUAUGCUUUUCUUCUUGGCUGCCACUGUCAAUGCCAUUGUCAUCUCUCUUCUUAUGUCUUUGGCUGCUGCAGGAGGCUUCUUGGCUCUGUUCUUUGCUUGUGUUACGGCUAUCUAUAUCGGCGCGUUAUCAGUUGCAGCAAUCACUAUUUCUACUGCAACAUUUUCAGCAAUUGUAGCUGUUCUGAUAGCCACAGGUUGGAUUGGAUUCUUUUGGACUGUAUGGGUGGCUACUAAGAAAAGCGUAGGCCUUGCUAAGCACUCAUUGAGCAUGACUGGGUCAGCACUUUCAGCAUACUCUUCUGCCCGUCAUAUUCAUCGCCACGGCAAUCCAAGUAGUUUGUAAAUAAAAGUCCCUUUAUGUAAAUAAAUCCCAUAUGCUUCUUUUGAGAGUUUUGUGAGAGUGCCGGUACUCCGUGUAGAGGCCUCUAGUCUUUGGUUAGAUAUGGUUAACACUUUGGCGUCACAAGUAAAAUGGCAUUUUAUUGCUGCCUAUGAAGAUAUGUUAUGGGAGUUUGAAGUUUGUAGUUGGUAGCUGUUGAUAAACGUUUCUGCUUUUGAACACGCUUGCCAGUUGCCCUGUAUAAAAAUAAUACCAGUAAAUUGGAUUAUCUGCC